GGAUAGACUGUGGAACAUAAAACAAGAUAUUUUGAGAAAUGUCAGUGGAAGGGAUCGGGGUCCCAAAUGUUUUUUGGUAACAUUUUCAACAUAUGAAGAGUUUGGUUCCAAAAUGAGUUCCAAUGUUUUUAUAGUGUUUUAUUGUGUUGGUUAGCUGUAUUUUAUGAGUUGUAAUCGCAAAUCAAAACAAACCAGCUGCAGUUUGAUUGAUAUAAAUUGGAAUGCACAAUAAAAAAACAUGGUUUUUGAAAUUAAAAAAAGUAACUCAUUUUGGAACCAAACUCUUCAGUUCUUUUGUGUUCCACAGAAUAAAGAAAAUUAAAUGGGUUUGCCGUGGCAUCAAAAUUAUGAACAGCUAUUCCUUUAAGGAGGUCAUUUAUGAAUGUUAAUAAUGUCACUAUGAAUAGAGGGUUGGGUUUUGACUUUUACUGGUUUUCAGUUUGUUAAAGUCAAAUCCUAAACACUUUCAACAUCGGCGAGCGUGAAUAAUUUAUACUGACAGCUGAGAUUAAGUUCCCUUUCAGAGUUAUUUUAUUACAGGAUUAAUUGAAUUGACGGGUGCAUGCCUCUGUUUUGUCUGCUGUUGAUUUGUCUGGUUCCUGGAUUCUCUCUCUCUCUCUCUCUCUCUCUCUCUCUCUCUGCAAGUUACUUGGCAGCCUAUAAGCCAGCUAGAAUUAGAGUAGAUUUGACCUCUAUUUCCUUCAAUUACAUGCCAUUAACCACUUAUAUUUUGUUCUUCAGAUGAUGAGGGUGAGUAUAAACUUAUUUCUGUCAGCAUGUCUGUCUUUGAGCGUUUCACAUCAAUAACCAGUAGAAUUUCGGCUCAAAUUAAUGUUUUUGUGUAGCGGGCAGUUUCUGGUCUGUCAUCUUGUUUUGGCUGCGGCAAUAUUCAUCAAUCAAUUCUUUGCAUUCAUCAUCACUGCAAUUAUACUUUUUCUUUCGAUCAUGAAAUAUCAAAAACCUGGUUUGGCCAAUGUCUUGCUUAAAAUUGAAGAGAAUUUAAACCAAUUAUCUUGCAUGUUUUGUUAAUAUUUUAUGUUUGGUUGGUGAAUAAUGGGGAUCUAGUUGAAAUUGGUGGCAGGGAAUUAAUUAGCACGACAUCUUGAUAAAGGUUUUUGAUCAUUUGUAUUGAUUUCCUCUUUUCAUUCACUUUCGAAGAUAUUUGCUGAUGUCAGAAUACUAACAACCUAAAGGGAUUCUUCAUCCAAAAAAAAAUAUAUCAUCAUUUACUCACCUACGAGUUGUUCCAAAUCUGUAUACAUUUCUUUGCUCUGAUGAACACAAACAAAGAUAUUUGGAAGAAUGCUUAUAAGCUAUUACCAAAACGAUCUUGACCCCAAUUGACUCCCAUAGUAGGAUAAAUAAAAUAGAAAGAAAAUGACUUUAUCUUCUUUUGUUUUUGUUCUGUUGAACAUAAAAGAAGACAUUUAGAAGAAUGUUCUAGGUUAUAUUUUUUUCCUACUAUGGGAGUCAAUGGGGGGCAAGAUCUGUUUGGUAAUAUGCAUUCUUCCAAAUAUCUUUCUCCGUAUUCAUCAGAAUAAAGAAAAGAAUUAUACAGAUUUGGAAAAACUUGAACGUUUAGUAAAUGAUGACAGCGGUUUAAUUCUUGGAUGAAGUAUUCCUUUACCUGAUGGCAAAACUGCUAAAUGGGACUGUAUCCGUAUUCAUUCCUUUGUAACUCCAGUGAGCUUAUGCACUAACAAAGCAAAAAAUCUGAUUCCAAACCAUGUGAAACGCUCCCAAAAAUACAAUGUAUUGUGAUCAGGUUUAUUCUUAUUCAUCUCUUAAUUAUUAAAAAUUGAAUACCCAUAUUUCAUACAUCACAUGCUGACAUUGGUCAGCCAUUGCUUAUCCGUUUUUCUGCAAUCUGUAUGGAAGCAGUGGUUGCAUUCACAGCAGCAGAAGAAGCAGCAGCUGUGGAAACUACUCCGGCCGAACUCACCGUUACUGCAAUAGAUCCCAUCUCUGGGGUACUUGCUACUGAACCCACCAAUGCUGCUCAGAUUCUCCUGCAGAGCAUGUGGCUGAUAUGACAGUGGAGGCUGAAGAAGCUGUGGCAACACCUGCUGUCGUCGAGGCUGAGACACCUGAUGCUGAGGAACACGCUGAUGAUGUUGCUGCUGAUGCUGCAGCUCCAGUUUCCGUGACGACGGCUAUCCCUGUGUCAGACUUACUAAGCACCGGGAGAAUGAUUGCUGGAUCUACAGCAGAGAUCGCUGCAGCUUCAAUUGGAGACCAGAAUCUGGUGGCUGUGCAGUUAGCUGAGGAGAAACAUUCAGAAAACACCUUCAAUGGAGAAGAGCUACAAGAUGUUAAAGCGUUGGUCCCAGAAGUAGAGGGAUCUAUAACAGUUAAAGCAGUGGAUGUGCUGACUGACAUGAGAAGGUCUGAUGCACUAGAAGACGCAACAACAUCAGACUAUGAUGGGACUGAGACAAACAACCCUGUCAAGACGGAAGUAGCAGAUGAACAUCCUGCUUUAUUCGAAGUUGCACAUGAGGAGCUUUCAGGAGAGAUGGAGAAUGAUUUGGCAUUGGAAAAGGCUGUGAGGUCUUUUGUGACCCUGUCAGGUGAUGAUUCCAUUUCUGGAGAAGCACAUAUGACUUCAGCAACGGUAAAGGAAGACAAAGCACCAUGUCACGAGACAGCUGGUUUAGAAGAUUUUAUAGCACCAUCCGCCCUUGAAAAAGAUCUGCAGGCCACUGGAGCUACAGAAGAUGAUGUUUCUGAAACAAUGGUGGAUGCUUUGGAGGAAUUUGAACCAACUGAAGCUACAGAGAAUUAUAAUAGGAUAUAAAUGCUUUUAAAAUAUGUCAAUACAAUAUAAUAUGUGACGUUUCUGUUCCAUUGUGUUUUUAAUAGCAGAAAUGUGCAGCUUUUUAACAUAAUUUUUAUGCCAAGAAUUAGUUGCUGUUCACAAAUGUUUAUUUUUAAAGUAUAAAUGGUAUGAUGGUACAUUUGAACAUUUCAAAGAAUACGACUCAUAGACAACGAGACUAAAAUCAUUUUAACCAAAGGAUGAAUAAUAGUUUUUUAAGAUCGUUGACACUGACACAUCCAGACCCGUUGUUCAUCAAGUUUACCACCAGAGGUCACUAUUAACACUGUGUCUUGAAGCGCACAUAGCGCAGUCCAUCACAACGAGAGUAUUUGAAUAAUUGACAAAAAGUGACCGCAGUGCGCUGCAGUGAGACAUGCUAUGUUAUCCCCCCCCCCAAAAUGUAUUAAAACAACUUUAAAACUAACUAAAAGCAGGUAAACAUAAAUAAAUAAACGGUGAAAACAUUUAUAUAGUCUUCUUUACAUAGUCUUCCCUGUUCUAUUGAGUUCUUUCAUGUUUUACAGUUUUCGUUGAUUUCUGUUUUCUUAAAUAAAAUUUGGAUUUCUUUA